AUGGCCUUGGCCAAAGGUAAAAGAGACAUGUCUCUUCCGCAACUCCCGCCGGCUGCCUACCAGGAGGAAACAUCUUCGUCGAUUAUUCCUCGUGAUCAGUUCACCAGAAAGAGGAUCAAGGAUCUUCAUAACUACAUCACCCAGGAAUUGAAGAAACGAGGCACAAAAACGCCCCAUGUUUUCCUUCCCUUCCGUCUGAGAGUGGACGAUACAAAGCUUGAAAGGUUCCUUAGUACAAUAUUUCCAAAUGGCCAGAUGAUUGACACGCUGAAGGAAGCAGAAACAAAGCGUCUUUUGGCUUCUUUUGACGAGUUCACCCUCAUAUGUGGCCUCAAGUACCUUUGGUGCAGACUACCGAACCUGGAAAUUAUAGGAUGGGAGAAUUAUUUGCAUUUUAAGAGACUUGAGAGGGAGCAUGGAUACCCCAAGGAUGCUUUUCUCAAACUUAUGCCAAAAUGUGUAUCUACAAGGGCACACGCAUCGAUUGUUUACGACUUCCUUGAUCUACUUGUCAGCAUCGCGUCUUAUUCACAGUAUAACUACUUGAGUGGUCGCAAGAUCUCCAAGAUGGCAUCCAUGUGGGCCUUCAAUAGCAUGGGAAAUUCCAAGCUGGCCUUCUACGAUGCUACAGCGUUCAAAGAGAACUCGUUCGUGAGCGGUUUGGAGUCAUGGAAGAAAACCUGCCUUGGCCUUUUCCAUCUUUUCUUAGCAUUUUUGCGAGCCAUGAUGCCUGAUAAUGAGGAUCAGUUGUUCAAAGGCCCAAAGUCUUUGCAAUCGCUACUCAGUACGAAUUCUUACCCUCCACCGGAGAACCUGGACUCGAUCAAGUCUGUCAUCACCAUCCCUUGUGUUCAUGUUAAGUCUACACGCCGCAGUUCUGAUCCAUAUGCAUUGAUUACCAAAAUACGACAGAACCUCAAAUUCGAUAGGAAAGACGAAUUCGUUUCUGUCGAGAACUAUACUAUCCUUAAGAACAUUUUUUUGAAGGACUCUACGAAUGAGAUCGUUUCCACUCUUACCGAUGAAUCCCGCCGAAUUCUUUCACGCAUCAGUGAUAAUCCAAUUCCUUCCAAUUAUGACUUAUACCCUGGUUGGACCCGCGAUGGACCACCUCAAGAUCCUGAUAUUCCAUUAUAUUCUGAUAUUUCCAUCACUAAUGUUACCCUUCAAGAUUACUACAUUUGGACUUGGCUUUCGUCUUUGGCCUCUGAUCAAAGCACUUACUCCAAGGGUUUAUUUGGACGAUCAAUUGUCGUUGAAGCCGGCUUACGCGGAUUUCAAAAGUGGUUGAUUUUAACUGAGACCACGAUGCAUCCUGAUGAUUAUAUUGCUCGAGUUAAGGGAGCACAAGAACGUAAGCGUUCUAAAUCACCAUUGAAGGACCUUCCACCUCCUCCGGGUUCGGCUGGUGCUCCCGCACCACCUCCAGUUUCCAAGAACGGCUUACUUCCAGAGGUUUCUUUCCAGGAAGAACCUUUCGGUAUGGAGCAAUACACCGGUGAAGAGCAUGGUGGAAUUCAAGGUGAGCCAUACCAAGGAAGAAUUGGCCAGCCUAAAGGUGGAAAUGAUUACAUCGAAUAUAUGAAAGGGUUGGAUGACGAAGAUCAUUUGGCACAAGAUUUCCAUGACCAGAUGAAUAUGAACAAGGCUUCGAACGGUCGCCAAAGACCAAGGCCGCCGCCACUAGAAUUGCUGCAGCAGGAGCAGCCUUUGAAUGUUCCUAGAACUCAUAAAAAGCUGAAAGAGAAGCAUGCUAACGGCUCUGGAAAUGCAAUGAUGCCAGAUUACAACAACGGUUUUUCUAGGGAAGACUAUCCCCAGGAGGCUCUCCAGUAUGCUGCUGCCAAUCAAUCACAAGAGUUCAAAGAACCUUACGAAUCUUAUAAGACUCCCUAUGACUACCAAGAACAGCAACAAUCGAUGGAGCCAUUCGACAACUACCAUGUUCCAAAUUCCAUUGUUCCACCAAAGCCGGAUUCCAAUCCACAAGAGAGCCACCGCAAUGGAAGCCCCUCCCGCAAGCAUCAACAGCUUCCACCUGCCCCUGUUGAACAGCCCUACCACGAAGAGGCUUAUGGGACUCAGCAUCCGCCUGCCUAUGCGAACGAGCCACCUAUGCCCGUUCCAAAUGAUCCGUAUCUGAUGCCUACUAGCCGAUCUGAAAAGGGCCUUCCUCAGCAACCUCAGCAGUUUCCUCAAGACAGCUAUCAAGCUCCGCAGUACCAGCAAUACCAGCAAGAGCCAGCACCUCCUCCAGAAGGGUACAAUGUUAAUUCACAGGUGCCGAUGGGAGACGAAGCAGCCGUUCCACAGAAGCCUAAGAAGAAAAAGAAGAAGAAGAAGUCGAAGCAUAGAGACGAAUUGGGAGGCAUCCCAGUGGAUCAAUUGCCUGAUGGUCCUCCACCGCCUUUGCCUGCUGAUUAUGCUCAGGACCAAUACCAGCAUACCGAAUAUGACCAAUCUCCGCAGGUGACUUACAAUAGUUAUGAUCAACACGGUAUGGAUGGUCCAAGAGCUUCUUCCCCAGCAGUUCCUGAGAAGCCCAAGUCUUCUAAGGCUGUACCUAGGCAUAUUCAGCAUCCUCGAGCCACAGGUAAUCCGGAACAGGCGAAGCCUCAUGAACACCCAUUACAGCAGAACUUCCAAGACCAGAAUGUAUUGCAAGACCCUUCUAAGAAGUCUGCAUUACCGCUGGGUGUAUCGCAUCAUCAUGAUAUGGACAAUGUUGGCAACCGCUCUCCUGGAAAGUUGCAUAGUCGUACACAUGAAGCUUACACUGGAAGCCCUCCAAAGGCUGGUACGCAUAGUUACAUGAUGCCUCGGACUGCGUCGCCACCUAAGGACCAUUAUUCUACUGAUGACCAGAUGAAAUUAGAUUUGAAGGCCCCUACUGGCCACAAUAUGCCUCCUGAACCAUCUCCAACUUAUUCGAAUGGAAGCUAUAAUACUGCUCAUUCGCAGCUGUCGGUCUCUCAAAUCCCGGUUGAGUCUUCUGAUCCAUACUCGCAGAAACUGGCGUCACAUUUGCCACCAACACAGAGAUUACAACCGCAAGGUUCGGUGCCUCUUGAUCAACAUGGUAAUCCGCAGUCACCAUCUGGAAGAGGCCCUUCACCAUCUUCAGCAUAUACGUCUCAGUCGCAACCCAAAUCUCAACACAGUGGUGGCCAUGCUCCUCCUCAUGCCCAUCCACAGGCUCAAAUGCCUCCUAGUGGGCAGACAUACCCAACUCCACAUAUGCCUCCUCAGCAGGGCCGUAUGAUGUCGCCUCCUCAAAGCCAGUAUUCAUCUCCACAAGGUCAGCAUAUGCCUCCAGCUCAACACAUGCCUCCAGCGCAACAAAUGCCUCCAAGAAUGCCGUCUCAUCAACAUCUUCCACAACAGAUGCCCCAGCAGCAGCAACAGAUGCCGAUGAUGCCUCAACAACAGAUGAUGCCACCAGGACAGCCUUACUACUACCCGCCACCACAAGGAUACUAUCCUCCACCUCAAGGAUAUGGUUAUCCUCCCCAGCCGAUGUAUUACCCUCCUCCACCACAAGGAUACUACGGGCAUCCUCCUCCCCCACAGCAGCACAAGCCAAAGCCAAAGCCAACAACUAGUGAGCUUACGAUGAUGGGUAUGCCUUCAGUUGGAAUGAAACAUGGAAAGAAUAAACCACAGAAGGCUAACUUGAGAGCUGCAUUAAACAAAGGAGAAUUUGGAAUAUAA